CUCGCGUCCAAACUUAACUGUUUGAGAGUAAAACGAUCAUGGGUUCUUCUUCUAGAAAUCUUUAAGCAGGAAUUGAAGGUCAAUCAACUUCUAGGUCACCACUCUUUGAUGGCACCAACUACUCAUAUUGGAAGGAACGGAUGAGAAUCUAUAUCCGUUCCACCAACUUCCAAUUGUGGUUGGUGAUAAAAAAUGGCGAGGAAAUCCAUGUGAAGAAAGUGGGAGAAACCACAGUCCCAAAGACCGAGGACGAAUUUGAUGCCGAGGACAUCAAGAAGAUUGAGAAUUAUGCAAAGGCCAUCAAUAUGCUAUAUUGUGCGGUCAACCCCGAUGACUACCGAAAGAUCUCCUGCUGCACAACCGCCAAGGAGAUGUGGGAUAAACUUGAGGUGACGUACGAAGGAACAGACCAAGUACGUGAAGCCAAGAUCGACUUCCUCACCCAAGAGUAUGAGAUGUUUAGAAUGAAGGAGCACGAAAAUAUCGACGACAUGUUCGACCGAUUCUCCAAGAUAGUCAACGAUCUUCAUGCAUUGAAGAAGACUUACACCGACAGGGAUCUUGUGCGAAAGGUCCUACGGAGCCUGCCAUCUGAAUGGCGAUCCAAGGCUGAUUCCAUCUAUGAGUCAAUCGGCACAUCAAAUGUCACCAUCGACGGUCUAAGAGGUAAUCUAAAAACUUAUGAAUCUACUAUUCUUAACCCGUCUUUGAAUGACCAAAAGAAAGGGAUAGCAUUAAAAGCCGUCAAAGAAUCAACGAUGAAUUAUUCAAGCGACGAUGAUGAAGUCAAGCUUGUCAUGAAGAAGUUUUGCAAACUUCUAAGGAAGAAAGAAAAGGUUCAGGAUGGCCCUGUGUGCUAUGGAAGUGGUGAAGCCAGGCACAUCAAGAACAACUGCCCGAGAAGCGGAAGGAAUGCUCGUCAAUUCAAAAGGCAAAGGGCAUAUAUCUCUUGGGGUGGCGACUCCGGCGACGAGUCAACCGACCAAGACGAGAAUGAAAUUGCCAACCUCUGUCUCAUGGCGCACAGAGACCAAACCGACGAUGUACAAGAGGCUAAUGCACAAAAGAAACCUUACUAUUUCUUCUACUUUGACGAAAAGAAGAAAGUCCACAUUCCGUUACCAGAACCGACACAAAUCACACCGAGAUAUCGGCAUUCCGUUCAGGUAGACUGGAACCACGGGACGACGGGUUGGCCAAGAACAGCGCUGUACAAGGGCAUAACAGCGCUGUCCUAGAACUUCUAUCUCUUUUCCUUUAAUUAUCAUGUCUUUUAUUGCUUCCGUUGUACUCCGCUAUUUCUCAAUUUUAAUAAAUCAAAUUAUCUUUUAUCUUUUUGUUAAUGUCAAAAGGGAGAAGAAAAGGGCUAUGCAUAU